AACCGCUGAUUCGUCGACGAAGAAGGCUCGUCCGAGGCUGUGACGUAAACGUCAUUCAAUAUGACCUUCGUGAUUUCCAGCUGUUUCUUCCUCCCUCCCUCCCUCUUUCUCUUUCUCUUGACCGUUUUUCACACACGAUGGAUGAAUACACAGCAUUUGCGCAAAAAUUCUCUCCUUUCCUUCCUUACGUGUCAUAUACUUACUUUUUUCUCAUCGGAUCUAUUAAGCGUUUCGAUUAAUUCGUAUAUUUGAGUUCGUUGAACUUUUAGUAUUAUACGAUCAAGAUCACGAUAUUGAUUUUUUUAUGCUUGAAAAGAAUUACAACAAAUGUUUCUUUGAAAAUAUUGGAUUACUAGUUCGGGAUGUCAAGACGAUUCGAAAAAAGAUUUCAUGCAUUGUUCAUGAACUUUGAGCGCAGCUGAUUAAAACGUGUUACAAAAAUAAAAAUUCAUUGCCAUUUAUUUUUCAAUGCGAAGCGAUACGCGUCUUUUCAUCAGAAAAAAUGCCUCGGUGAUCAAAAGUUGUUGAUAAUAUUACAUGAUCUUUAAAAACAGUUGUCGUUCUUCUAUUUUUCCAGUAAUAAUGGUGACACAAAGGUCAUUUCAUUAUAGGAAAAAAAUGUCCGAAUCGCGUACAAUUAAUCUACAAUAUUGUCAAAUAGGAAUGACGUAACGAUAGACUUAACGCGGAAUAUCACAUUAAUAACGUGUACCCUUAAAAAGAUUCUAUGUUAUGUUGUUCAACAAAAAGGAAUCAUAACGUAUUGUUCGAUGUAUGAAAUUAAAACGGAGGUAGAAAUAGAGAAUAAUAUUCGAUGCUUUUAACGAUCGGUUAAAUAUCAAUGACCAUCAUAAAAUAAUCGGAUCACUCUUUGGUUAAUUUCUUGAUGAUAAUGAUUUUAGAUCGAAUUUUCUAAUUUUUAAUAUUAUUCGACUCGAAUUUUCUAUAUUGUAAGAAAACAGAUAGAAACGAUAGCUUUAUAGAGUGAUGAAAUCUUUCCUAUCAUUUCGUCAGUCGUUUAUAAAACCCCCGUGGUCAUCGCUUUGCACCGUCUCCGACGACAAGUGCCGUAUUCGCAUAUUACUCUAAUAUAAUUAUCAGUUCUAUAGGAAAUUCUAAUCAAUGUUUUAUCUUAUUAUCCAAAAUAUUGAGAAUUUUAUCCUUUGUUAAUUUUAUAUUAAGGAGAGUUAUAUAAACUCUUCCUUGUCUUGCUUAGGAACAAUUAAUAAAAAUAUGUAUAUACAUCGUGUGUACAUCUGUUUCUUGCAGGUAGCUGGAAAGAUGCAGCUGUGUUAGAUGGCUAAUGACCAUUCACAAACACGAUCACAGUCGCGGAAAACUCUUAUUUUCUCACAUGAGACCUAAAGAUUAUCGCAAGGGAUUCGUCAUGUUAAGACAAGAGAGUAUACCGUCCAACUGUCAAGUCUGCGAGGAAUUUCUUCAAGGCUAUCAUGAGCUCUUACAACGAUACAUGGAUAUUGGAGAGGAUAUAGGAGUUCCUGACGAUUUCACGAACAGUGAAAUGGUGUCAGGAAUGUGGUGGCGACAUUUGUUAGCGGGUGGUAUAGCUGGUGGAGUUUCACGAACAUGCACAGCACCUUUGGAUAGAAUCAAAGUUUACCUGCAGGUUCAUGGAACGCGACAUUGUAACAUUUCCAGCUGCUUCAGGUACAUGUUACGUGAAGGUGGAAUUACAAGCUUGUGGAGAGGGAAUGGUAUAAAUGUACUUAAAAUCGGACCAGAGACUGCCCUAAAGUUCAUGGCCUACGAACAAAUAAAGAGAGCUAUCAAAGGCAACGACACAAGAGAACUUGGACUCUAUGAGAGAUUCAUGGCUGGAUCUAUGGCCGGUGGUAUUAGUCAAUCGGCAAUAUAUCCUCUAGAGGUACUCAAGACGAGAUUGGCUCUUCGUAAAACGGGGGAAUUCUCGAGCAUAAUUGAUGCAGCAAAAAAGAUAUAUAAGCAAGGUGGUUGGAAAUCUUUUUAUAGAGGCUACAUUCCCAAUUUAAUAGGGAUUCUUCCGUAUGCUGGAAUUGAUUUGGCUGUGUACGAAACACUAAAAAAUAGUUAUUUACGAACGCAUAAGAAAGACGAGCAACCAGCUUUUUGGUUACUUUUGUUAUGUGGUACGGCUUCAAGCACUGCAGGUCAAGUGUGUUCGUAUCCGUUAGCUCUAGUCAGAACUAAAUUGCAAGCCGAAAUAUCAACGGGGAGUGACGCGAAUACAAUGAUUGGUGUUUUCAAAGACAUUCUCAAAAGAGAAGGUAUUCGCGGUUUGUAUCGAGGAAUAACUCCGAAUUUUCUUAAGGUAGCUCCAGCCGUAUCAAUUAGUUAUGUAGUAUACGAGCAUUUCAGACAGGCACUGGGUGUUAACAUGACGUGAUAAAAAUAUAUAUACUAGGAGAUAUUAAUUUAAUUAAAUUAUUCCCCAAUUAUAAUCGUGUAAGAGAUAUUACGGUAAAAGUUCAAAUGGUCAAAUGGAUUUGCAUGUGUGCAAUUUACCGUUAUCGGUCUCUCUUUCUCUCUCUCUCUCUCUCUCUCUCUCUCUCUCUCUCUCUCUCUCUCUCACUCUUACUAUAGCAUUGCUUAUUUAUUGCGAACUCGAAGCUUUCUCCGUUACAUAGAUUAUUUAACAAUUAUGAAAAAAAAGGUUAUGAAAGAAAAGAAAAGACAAAGAAAAAAUUAAAGGUUCAUCGGACAGAAGUGAUGGAAAAAAAGAAAAAAAUAGACGAUACAAGUGAAAAUGCUGUAUUGCAAUGAUGCGUUUGCAAAGCGUUAUUUAACUUAUACAAAGAGGCAAGUUAGACACUUUUUUGUUUUGUUUUAUAAUAAAUUUGCUUUUUUGUCAAGAAAAAGCCUUCAAAACAUAAUAUAUUUAUACAGUUCACAACUUUCAUUCAAAAGGAAAAAUGAAAAACAGUACAAAAUGUUCUGUUUGUGUGAAAGUACUAAUAUAAUAUAAUAAUUAAUUGACUUUUGACAUUUUGGAAAAAUUUAUUAUACUUUAAGCAUCUAUAAAUGUUGGCAGCAUGUGUUGAUACUAUGAAAAGUCAGUUCCCUUUAUGUACAUGUUUAUUUUUAUUGAUUAUCUUUCCUUUCCUUUCCUUUUCUUUCUUUUCCUUUCCUUUCCUUUCCUUUCCUUUCCUUUCCUUUCCUUUAUUUUCGUUUCGUUUCCUUUCCUUACCUUUCCUUUCCUUUCAUUUCAUUUACUUUAUUUUAUUAUUUUUUUUAUUUUUAUUUUUUUUUAAAUAAAAUCAUAUCGCAUAGUUGACACAAUAUUACCUCAUUUUUGUUCUAAAAGUACAUCAUCUACAUGAUAUGAAAAAUGGUUCUGGCUAAUAAAAGAAUCCAGUUGUGUUAAUAAUAUUAAUUAUACGCUGUGAUAAAUAUGAUUAUAAGCUAUGUUCAUGACUCAAUGUAUGAUAAGAUUAUAAAUUUUAGAAAAAUCUCAAAUGAAUUGAGUUAAAUAGAAAUAAAUCGUGAUGUAUUAUGUCUUACAUUGAAUCAUAUAAAACAAAAAAUAUCUUGCAGUUUGAACUAAUACAUUGAUUUGUUUGUUGAGCUUUGUGCUCAUUAUUUUUAUUUUUACAUGCAACAUACACAUUUAUUUCAAACUCUUUAUUCCCUAAUGAAUAACUUUGCAAGCAAGCUGUGUAUAUUAUAUGUAUUAUAAACAUAUAUAAUUAGAUAUUAUUAUAUGAAAGUGCAGAAUAUGUUCUACAUUAGAGACGUCUGAAAACAAGCAUGUUCAACUUAUUUUUCCUAAAUUUUAUAUUGUAUCUUUAGUUAUAUCGCCAUCUUAUACCGCCUCUAUAUUCCACACGUCUAUUUCAUUCUUCUUUAAUUAUUCUUGGAGAAUUAAGGAGGAGAUUUUAAUAAGACUGACUGAGAGGAAGCAUGAACUCGUCAGUUAAUCGUUAGACAUCUCUAUGUUCUACAUUUCUGCAUAUUUGUUGAUUUGAACGUGAGAAAUAACUGAAAGGCGAAGAUAAGUCUCACAAUAUAAAACAGUGAACUUUACGUAAAUAUGUUUAAAAAAAAAUUUUUAUGCAAAGAACCAAUAUUAGUUUUAUGUACGGAAAAUAAUGUAAAUAACAGAUAUGCUUAAAAUUAUUAGCCCGUUUUAUUUUAAAUACAGGCUGUAGCGUUAACACUACAAUCACUUGUAUGUGAGAAUGUUAUUUUUAAACAAAAUUUAAUUAUUUUAAAUUUGUGUAAUUAUUAAUUAAUGACGAUUUAAUUAAUUGAAAAGCAACCAUCAACAAAUUACGAAGAAGAACCAUUCUAAAAUAUGAUGCAGAAAAUUUUGAUGCUUUUAAAUGUGCAUACAUGUUUUUUUAAUAUAAUGAAAUUGAUUUCUUAUUGUUUCUGAAGGAUGUUUCUUUUCUUUUUUUUUUCUUUUUUACUUAUGCCAUUCUAUUUAUGUAUACAAGAAUAACUAUUUUGUAAAAAUAAAUAUAAUUUACAAAUUA